AGGUAACAUAUGGUUUAAUUUAUGUCUUUCUUAAAGUGUGAGACUAGUCUUAUAGUCAAGUGGUUUUUUUUUCCCUGUCAUAUUUAUUUCUCUCAAUAAUUAAUUUAUAUCUUACUUUGUACUACUCUCUCUCCUUUGUCAUUAAAGGUGACUACUGCCCACCCUUACGGUCUUAUGCUCUUACCUUUUUAUGUUCCUCCCACAUGCGUUAUUUUUUCAACGACAAAAUUACUAUUAUACCCAUGAUAGAAAGUGUUAGAAAACCCUAGUAUAUAUAGUAGUGUCUCCCUUGGCCAAGUAAGGUGCGCUCACAUAUAUAUAUAUACACACACAUGCAAAACACAAAAUACAUUUCUAACUACAAGUAUUAAAAAAAAUAAAAAAUAAAAAUAAAAAAACCUAUCUAUUGUCUAGCUAAUUUAUAACCAAAAAUAUGCCUGAUCCAUUGGCAAUGUCUAUUGUUGCCUUCAAGGGUGCUAAAUACAUGUUAAAUAGAUCAGACCUUAAAGAUGGUGACAAAGUCAUAGAAAAUGAUAGAAACCGAGAGAGGCAAAUUGAGCAUCUUAGAGGGUCGUCUUCACAUCAAUUUCUAAUUUCGCACCCACUUCAUCCACAACAUCAACUCAUAUUCGAAUAUCAUGGCAUGUUCACGUGUAAUGCAUGUCUAAGCAAAGACCAAGUAGGCUACAGAUAUUGUUGCAGGAUUUGCAACUUUAACAUUCACAAGGCAUGCGCAGAUUCGAUCAAUAUGUUUGGUAACAUGUUUGCAAACAGGGCUACCAAUCUCCAAACAUGUGCACACAAAAAACAUCCGUUAACUCUUGUUACAGGAACCGCCGGAACUACUUGCGAUCACUGCAAAGGUGAUUGUUACAUAAAUCUUAGAUACUAUUGCAAUCGUUGCGACGUCAAAUUUCACUUGAUUUGUGCUACUCAUCCUACAAGGUUUCUAUCUUUCUUGCACCCUCACCACGAGCUCGAGCUCAAAACUAAGCCGCUUUUCAAAACAUGUGUUGAAUGCCAACACAGUGGAGACUCGAAUACAAGAGUCUAUUGUUGCGUUUCUUGUGAUUUUUAUGUUCAUCCUGAAUGUUUGCAACAAGCUCAGUAUCGUCUAUCUGCCUUACAAGGCCCCUACUGCGAUCCCAACUAUAAUCAAUGGAUUUCGACGUAUCAAAUUUGUAACAGAUUAUCCACGAAAGACAUCAUUAAGUACUUAAGCCUGGCAUAUAAAUUAGGAAGUUUUGGGGGUUAAUUAUAUUAUUGGUGGUGAUCAACACCAAUAAUAGUAUCUAGGGUAUUUUUAUAUUUGGUACGUGUGUUCGUUAUUAUGAAGUAAAUGUGAACCCAAAUUACAAUGGGUGUAGGAUAUUAUUUCAAUUUUCAAGAAGUUUUUUUUAGGAAAGUUGCAUGGUUUUAUCCAUUCCUUAAGAAUAGAGUUUUACAUGUGACAAAAAAAAAAUUGUAUUUUAUUGAGAUUAAGAAAUUAAACUUGGUUACGUACGAUUAUUAAUUACCAUGCAUGAAAUUCUAGAUUUGUAUGAGUAGAAUUUAAUUCCCUCUAGAGUUUUGUUUCUUGGGAGGGUUUUGCUGUGCAAGCCGUACCCACCAAAAAAAAAUAAA